GGCCAUUUGCGAUUUGUGCUGCCUCAUUCCAAUCUUCCGAAGCCACAAAUGCCUCCAGGGAUAGAAAAUCUUCCUUCAGCAAAAAAUGACGACACUACGAGUUUCUCCACCGUCGACAUGCCGGCCAUCGGAAAGUUCAUUCGACAGCGUACGGUGGCGCUUGCGAGAGGGAUUUCGUCUUUAAUGGACGACAACGAUGAGGGAUCGAAGAAAAAUAAUAAUCGGAGUGUCACGGAAUUCAAUCUUUCUGGUCUCAGGGUCGUGGUGAAGGAAAAAACUAGCGACGAGCUGGUAAUGAAAGGAAGAAUAAGCUUCUUCUCGAGGUCGAACUGUAGGGACAGCACGGCGGUGCGUAAGUUCUUUAGAGAGAUGGGCCUGAAAUAUGUGGAGAUCAACAUCGAUGUGUACCCGGAGAGAGAGAGUGAGCUGAGAGAGAGGACGGGUACUACAGCUGUGCCGGCGAUAUUCUUCAACGAGAAGCUGUUUGGGGGAUUGGUUGCGUUGAAUUCUCUGAGGAACAGUGGGAUUUUCGAGCAGAAGUUGUGGAAGGAGGUGAUGACCGUGAGAUGCCCCGAUCACGCGCCCGCACCGCCAGUGUACGGUUUCGAUUAUGCAAACUUGGAUGAUCAGAUGGACGAAUUGGUGGGAUACGUGAAGGUUCUGAGGCAGAAAUUACCCAUUCAGGACCGCGUGAUGGCUAUGAAGAUGAAAAUCAUUCAUAACUGCUUUUCUGGGGCAGAGUUGGUGGAGGUGCUCAUUCACCACUUGGACUGCGGCCGUAAGAAGGCGGUUGAGAUCGGAAAGCAGUUAUCCAAGAAGCAUUUCAUUCAUCGUGUUUUCGGUUAUAUGACGCACUAUUCUUUAGGAGGUUCCUUCAUGUCCAUGUCAACUUUCAAAUGUAGGGAAAAUGAUUUUGAGGAUGGAAACCACCUCUACCGUUUCCUUGAGCAUGAACCAUAUGUCACCGGUUGCUUUAAUUUCCGGACCAUCACAAAUGAUAAUGAACCAAAACCUGCAGUUGCAGUAUGCCAAAGACUUACCAAGUUCAUGUCUGCCAUUCUCGAGUCUUAUGCUACUGAUGACAGGCGAUACCUUGACUAUUCAGCCAUUGGCAAAAGCGAAGAAUUUCGCAGGUAUGUAAUUGCGGCCCAGGAUCUUCAACGAAUUAACGUCGGGGAACUGUCAGAAAACGAGAGGCUUGCUUUCUUCAUGAACUUGUACAAUGCCAUGGUCAUCCAUGCUCUUACCAGAGUAGGGUCUCCGCAGACAGUAUUGGACAGGAAUUUCUUCUACUCUGAUUUCCAGUAUGUGGUUGGAGGGCUCCCUUAUUGUCUCAACUCCAUUAAAAAUGGUAUCCUCAGAUGUAAUCAGAGGGCACCGUAUUCUUUGAUGAAGACCUUUCGUUCAGGACACAAGCAAUUAGAGUUUGCCCUCGUCAAGAUGAAUCCAUUAAUUCACUUUGGGAUUUGUAACGGCACAAAGUCGAGCCCAAAGGUGAGGUUCUUUUCACCUCAAGGAGUUGUAGAAGAACUAAGACGUGCUGCAAAAGAAUUCUUCCAAGAAGGUGGCGUAGUAGUGGAUCUGGAGAAGAGGACUGUUUAUCUCACUCGAAUUAUCAAGUUGUAUGAUAUGGAUUUUGGACAAGGCAAAGACAUUCUGAAGUGGGUAAUCCAUUACUUGGAUCCAACUAAAGCGGGCUUCUUGACACAUCUCUUAGGUGAUGGUGGCCCUGUUCACAUCUCGUAUCAAAACUAUGAUUGGUCAAUAAAUUCUUGACAACUGUAGUGCACCCAUUUGAUUCAGCUAUUCAUGGCUGCCUGAACUCAUGGAGACUGGAGUGUUUAUUGCCCCAGAUUUUGAAAUGUUGAUCACAGUCCACAUGGAGAUUCUUUAGCUUUUUUUUUUUUUAGUUAGCCCAACAGAGAGACUUUAGAAUUAAUAAGAUAGCAAAAUAGGGAGUUUCUUUAGUUUGUUUCUCUAUUCCUCCUUUCAUAUGUGCACAUCUUUGGCGCUUAAUUAUAUAGCAUAUAGCAACGGGGUUGGUGUGUGUACA